UUGAUUUCGCUUGCAUACGGACAGAUCGGGAUGAUCCAAGCUUCUGCCGGAUUUUUUACGUAUUUCUGGAUUAUGGCCGAUAAUGGUUUCUACCCGAGUCGCCUAAUACAGCUGCGUGCACAGUGGGAUUCACGUGCGUUCAAUUCGCUGGAAGAUUCGUAUGGUCAAGAAUGGACAUAUGCGAACCGAAAAAUCCUGGAAUACACAUGUCAGACAGCGUACUUCGUUUCGAUUGUCGUGGUUCAGUGGGCCGAUCUGAUCAUUUCGAAGACGAGACGAAACUCACUGGUGCAGCAAGGAAUGAGUAACUGGACACUCAAUUUUGGCCUCGUUUUUGAGACCAUUCUUGCUGCUUUCAUGUGCUACUGCCCGGGACUUGACAAGGGUCUUCGCAUGUAUGGCCUCAGGUUUGUUUCACUUUCUCAUCCUACUGGCGUGUUUUAG